GCAGUGACGCUGCCACAGUGCCGGCCGUGUGCAGCGUGGGCUCCCGCAGCCAUUGCAGCACAGAGAGGUCCCCGCUCGAGUGUCACGGCGCAGGCUCGCUGCAGCGCAGCCGCUCUGAGUAGAAAGCCAUGGAGGAUCAUACGGUAACCCAAACAGAUACUUUGACCACAAUUGAAGCACAUACUGUGGCUCACACUGUAGCACACUCUGUGGCUCAGCAGGUCCAGCAGGUUCAUGUUGCAACAUACACUGACCACAGCAUGCUGAGCGCUGAUGAAGAUUCUCCAUCCUCUCCUGAGGACACAUCUUAUGAUGACUCCGACAUCCUAAACUCCACGGCAGCUGAUGAGAUCACUGCUCAUUUGGCAGCUGCAGGUCCUGUUGGAAUGGCUGCUGCAGCUGCUGUGGCUACAGGGAAGAAACGAAAGAGGCCACAUAUAUUUGAAUCAAAUCCUUCUAUACGCAAACGUCAGCAAACACGCCUACUGAGGAAACUACGUGCAACUCUGGAUGAAUACACCACUCGAGUGGGGCAACAAGCCAUUGUCCUGUGCAUCUCUCCAUCUAAGCCCAACCCAGUUUUUAAGGUUUUUGGAGCUGCACCACUGGAAAAUGUAGUCCGCAAAUACAAGAGCAUGAUUUUGGAAGACCUGGAAACUGCAUUAGCAGAACAUGCCCCUGUCCAGCAGGACAUCAACUCAGACCUGCCCCCUUUGACUAUAGAUGGAAUUCCAGUAUCUGUAGACAAGAUGACACAGGCUCAGUUGCGGGCAUUCAUUCCCGAAAUGCUAAAAUACUCCACUGGACGAGGCAAACCAGGCUGGGGUAAGGAGAGUUGCAAACCCAUUUGGUGGCCUAAUGACAUCCCAUGGGCUAAUGUCCGCAGUGACGUACGCACAGAAGAGCAGAAACAAAGGGUUUCCUGGACUCAAGCAUUGCGGACGAUAGUUAAGAACUGUUACAAACAGCACGGUAGGGAAGACCUCUUAUAUGCAUUUGAAGAUCAGCAGACGACACAGGUGACAACAGCGCAUGGUAUUGCUCAUCUUGUUCCUUCGCAGACCGUGGUACAAACAAUUAGCAACCCAGAUGGCACAGUGUCCCUCAUUCAGGUUGGCACAGGAGCUACUGUUGCCACUCUUGCUGAUGCAUCAGAACUACCAACGACAGUGACUGUUGCUCAAGUAAAUUACUCUACAGUGAGCGAUGGAGAGGUAGAACAGAAUUGGGCUACACUUCAGGGGGGUGAAAUGACCAUCCAAACGACGCAGGCAUCUGAAGCCACUCAGGCUGUGGCAUCCCUGGCAGAAGCAGCAGUGGCAGCGUCACAUGAUAUGGCACAAGGAGCUACAGUUACCAUGGCUCUUAACAGUGAAGCCGCUGCUCAUGCUGUAGCCACUCUGGCAGAAGCUACCUUGCAGGGAGGAGGACAAAUAGUAUUGUCAGGUGAAACUGCAGCAGCUGUGGGAGCACUGACCGGAGUGCCAGAUGCCAAUGGACUUGUCCAGAUUCCAGUCAGUAUGUAUCAAACUGUGGUAACAAGCCUGACGCAGGGUAAUGGACCUGUACAAGUUGCUAUGGCACCAGUUACUGCUAGGAUAUCUGAUUCGACUGUCACUGUCGAUGGGCAGGCAGUUGAGGUUGUAACACUGGAGCAAUGACUGUCACGCCAAGGAAGAAUCAUGAUGUAAUUUCCUGUCUCCAUUGUGUAUCCUGUUUUCUGAUCUGAAGUGCUUCUGGACAUCCACAACGGAUGCUAUUCUGUCAGGUCCUGGGUGUUUGAAACGGAACUCCAAAUUAAGCAUCGUAAACCCUUAUUUUUGUUCAUUUUAGCUGAGCUGCUCAUUUGCCCAUUUGCUGUUUUCUCUUCCAUUUAAUUUAUUUGAAUACACACUUUUUUUUGGGAAGUGCAUCAGCCCAGGAGAGAACGUACCAUGCACUGAAGGGGAGAAGAAGAAAAAAGCCAUGACUUUGUAUUUUCCCUUGUCUUCAUACUCUAAUCUCAGAUUGCAAUAAAAGGGACUAUUCUGGAAGGAAAAAGGAAAAAAUGCUAACUUUUAAUAUGUCCUUUUGGGGGGAUUGGGUUGGCAGGGUUGUGGGUGGUGAGGAGUGAAUGAAAUUUAAUUUAAGUUGUGUCUGCCCUUUUGUCCACCUACAUCUGUGGUUUGACUUUGUAAUAUACAUUUCUAAAUGCCUGCUUUCUAAAAAAUUUCGGUGAAAAAAGGAUGUGCUCAAAGUCUGGCCAACAGCCUGGAUGUCAUUAGGCCACUGUACAAGAAAUUUUGAAAACCUUGAGUCUUGAAGCGGUACUAUUUCAUAGAUCAGGUCAGUCAGGAUCGAAUGAGGUUGUUUCUCCAGUUUAUGGUGGCUGCAUCAUCUGACUUUGUAGUACCUUCCACCAUCUCUUUUGUGAGAGAGAUUCACCUUGUGUCCUGAUAUUUCCCCUAGUGAAGACUACUAAACUUUUCUCUGGCAUGCUAUUAAUUUCUAGAAUUAAAUAAUCAAGUAGCUGUCUUUCAGCAUGAAGGAUGGAUCCAGGAAAAUACAAAAGUAAAAAUGCAAUUGCCAUCUAGUGUAAUCAGUGCUUCUAUGAAAUUGAUUGUUUCCUUGCCCAAAAUAAAAUUACAUAUGGGCUAAAAUACAUUCACACACAGCAUUGUGUUGAAUAAAAGUUGGUGUAAACUGCUUAAAAAGAGAACAUAUAUGGUAUAUAUUUGUUUGCUGAUAGAUACACACAUCUAAAAUGUAUACUUAUAAAAUGUUCAUAUAAUAAUUGUGCUAAUGUGCGUUGAUCAUUUGGACUUUGUUUCUUGCAUAUUUGUGUUGCUAGGCAUCUAUGUUAAUAUCACAACUUUCUCUGAGCUCAUUCAAUGACCCAAAGUCCUGAAUUACUUUCUAGUAGGCUGUGAGAUUCUUAAUAUCACCUGAGCAACUUACUACUCAUAUGUCAGACAUGCAUUUCUUUAACUAAUAAUAGCAAAACAUACAAGUGAUCACAGCUAAUAAAGGAGCCAUAGAAAAAGUAAUUUUGGACAACGCAUUGCAUUUUUUUUAUUUAUUUUUUUUGUGGUUGAUUAUCUCCUAAUAUAUUUCUGUGCACAUUAACUAUGAUCACCAUUUUUUGCAUUAUUAGUUAGGUUGAGGACUUGUGGAUCCAUGUUUAAUGGAACUUGGGUUUUGUGUGUCCAGUGACCUUUUUCCCUGAGUGCGGUGUGAUGCUAUGGUGGAUUAUACUUUAAUUGCUGACGACCAGAAUGAAAUGCUAAUUGGUCGUUUUGCUCAUGAACAGCUCUUGGAUAAAAUGUCAAGAUGGCACAAAGUUACAACACUUGUUUUUACAAAUCUUGUUGAGAUUAUUACAAUUUGUGAUCUCCUCUUCUGCCAGAGGUUUAUAAAUCAGCGUUAUCUUCCUUUCCUUGUAAAUAUCAUUAAUUUAGAAGAUAGUGUAGGGAAAGACUGUUUUAGAGAAUUUUUUUUUUACUACACAAACAUGAUGGUGACCAUGUAUCCUCAUGGUGUGGCUUUCUAGAUUAGGUUUAGAAGGGCUGAGUGGAGCUUCAUUGCAUCUGAUAAAGUAAAUCCAGACAUAUUAACCUUGUCACUGGGAGUGGUCUACUUUAUAAUCGUAGUUCAGUUGUAACUCAUGUUUUACCAUUGCUACUCAUGUGUCAUGUGUCAUGUUUUUAGAUUUGAAACAUUUGGGUUAUAAAUGAAGUCAUAAGGGUUUUAGUUUUACACUUUGCUAGUUUUAACUGAGAAAUCAUGGACUUCGUACUGUUGAAAGAUUUGUAAUGAUGACCAUGAUGCAUUAUCUAAAUUUAUGAAAUAUUUUCAUCCCGGUUUUCUAAAUAAAUAAAUAAAUGAAAAAAAAUCCUGUCAUUGUAAAGGGUUAAAAGAACACUUUCAUCACUAGUUGUAUUGAAAAGAGAGUGUUAAAAUAUAUGAGAUAAUCAGGUAGAUUAACAUAUGAGUACCCUUUAAGUAUUGCCUGGGAUUUAGUUACAUUUAAAGA